AUGAUUCCUCCCUCUUUUGGGCAAAAAGACAAUAGGAGAAAGACUGCUAUCUGGUCUCCUCCAAAGCCUGGCUGGAUAAAACUAAAUUUCGAUGGUGCCUCAAGAGGCAACCCGGGCCCUUCAGGCAUAGGAUAUGUAAUCAGAGAUCACACAGGAGCAACUCUUGGGGAAAUGGCAAAGCCAAUCCCCCCAAACACAAACAACAUAGCAGAGUUCAAAGCUUUGCAAUUUGGACUGAGAGAUUGCAUUGACCAUGGUUUUAAUAACAUCCUAGUGGAGGGUGAUUCAGAGAUAGCAAUAAAUGUCGUCAAGAGGAAAACCACUCCAAAUUGGAGACUGCAAGGAAUUCUAGAAAGCAUAGUCGCAAGCCUGGACAAGAUUGACAACUAUGAAGCUAAGCACAUCUACAGAGAAGCAAACUCAGAGGGAGAUGUUCUUUCGAAAUUAGCCGCUCAAGGAUCUUACCUCUACAGUUGGGAUCAGGGGUAUCUGCCUGUUACUCAUGUAGACCAUUGCAAUUGA